AUGAAACGUGGGUUCACCAUUAUGAGCCCGGAAGCAAGCAGCAGAGUAUGCAGUGGAAGCAUCCAUGAUGAUGAUGAUGAUGAUGAUGAUGCACGUGAUACUAACACAGCUUCCGAACUGAACCCCCUGGUGGUGCACGCCGUGAACUCCGGAACACAAACUCCAGCAGCUAAUCUACAAGUAACACUUUUUAGACAGAACGGCGAUGGAAGUUUUAAACUGAUUUCCUCAAGACAAACAGCUGCAGAUGGAGAAAUCUCUGAUUUUGUUACUGAAGAAGACUUUGUCGGAGGUGUAUACAAGCUGCAGUUUGCAACAAGUGCUUUCUGGGUCAAUUUAGGCUUUUCCUCAUUUUAUGAAAAUGUUGAUGUGGUGUUCUCCGUUGAAGCUGAAAACCAUGACCACUAUGACAUCGAUGUCUUCAUCUCUCCUUCCUCCUUCUCAAGCACAGCUACUGUCACCGACCCACAUAUUUUAAGAAACUAG